UCGUGAACAAUUAAUUUGCACGACAAAACGAAGUUAAAAAUAACAAAAACUUAAAAAAAUUUAGUGUUCAAAUGAAAAGUAAACCAUAAAAAUCCAUUGUGAAAAAUUGUGGGGUGGUGGGAGCAAAACGGAUACUCAAUAGUAAAAAGAGCGUAAGCCAGCGCGAGCGAAUGUGUGUGUGUGUGUGCACAUUGGAGAGGAGCAUGACAUGUAUUUGAUGUGUACUCAGCGGCCGAAGAGAGCGCAUUAAACAAGAACAAAACACACACACACAACUGCGAGAAAGCUUGUUGUUGUUGUCGGUGUGGGGGAGUCAGAGUCGGUUAGACGAGAAAUACACGGCGUAAAGCGUGUGUGGAUAACAUAAAACAUACACACACACACGUACACAUUUGUAGCAAGCAGAAAAUUUUGCGAAGCCCGCACUCCACAUAGGGACACACAGCAAAAAGGGCAACAAAAUGAAUCCGGCAGUGGAUGCGUGGGCUGUUACCCAGCGUGAGAAGCUCAAGUAUCAGGAGCAGUUCAAAGCGCUGCAACCGCAGGGCGGCUUUGUGACCGGAGCCCAGGCGAAAGGAUUCUUUUUGCAGUCGCAGCUGCCGCCGUUGAUCCUGGGUCAAAUAUGGGCACUGGCUGACACGGAUUCCGAUGGAAAAAUGAACAUCAAUGAGUUUAGCAUAGCUUGUAAGCUUAUCAAUCUGAAGCUGCGAGGCUUGGAGGUGCCCAAAACGUUGCCGCCCACAUUGCUCAGCUCUCUAACGGAUGCGGCUGCCAUUGGCGGUCCGACGCCCACAAUGACGCCACGCGGUUCGACCAGUUCAAUGAGUCCAAUGGAUCCGCUCAAAAGCAUUGCUGCAGCUGUGCCGCCGGCUGUGCCCGUUGCUAUUGCUGCUCCUCCAAUUGUGGUGCCACCGAUUCCGGCUCCAGUUCCAGUUCCGGUGGUGCCCAUUCCAGUUGCUGUGCCUGCAGCGAUUGUCUCGCCACCGCAAAGCAAUCCAUCUAGUCGGCAUAUGUCCAUCUCGGAACGCGCGCCCUCCAUUGAAUCUCCUCAGGGCGAGUGGGCCGUGCAGGCGGCACAGAAACGUAAAUAUACGCAGGUAUUCAAUGCCAAUGAUCGCACCCGUUCCGGCUACUUGACGGGCGCCCAGGCGCGAGGUGUUCUUGUACAGAGCAAAUUGCCGCAGGUGACGCUGGCGCAGAUCUGGACGCUGGCCGAUGUCGAUGGCGAUGGGCGGCUCAGCUGCGAUGAGUUCAUCUUGGCCAUGUUUCUGUGCGAGAAGGCCAUGGCUGGCGAGAAGAUACCCGUUAGCCUGCCACUCGACUGGGUGCCGCCCAGCUUGCGCAAGAUCAACAAGUCGCGACCGGGCUCCGUGUCUGGCGCAGGUUCACGUCCCGGCUCGCAGCCCGCCUCGCGGCAUACGUCGGUCUCUUCACAGGGCGCCGUCAUGUCCGAUGCGGAUCCACUUGCGGGCUUGCCGCAAACUUCAUUUGAGGAUAAGCGCAAGGAGAACUAUGAGAAGGGCAAGGUGGAGCUGGAUCGCAGGCGCAAGCUUAUGGAGGAUCAGCAGCGCAAAGAGCGAGAGGAGCGUGAGCGUAAGGAACGCGAAGAGGCGGACAAGCGCGAGAAGGCGCGACUGGAAGCCGAGCGCAAGCAGCAGGAGGAACUGGAGCGUCAGCUACAGCGCCAGCGUGAAAUCGAGCAGGAAAAGGAGGAGCAGCGCAAGCGCGAACUGGAGGCCAAGGAGGCAGCUAGAAAGGAGCUGGAGAAGCAGCGCCAGCAGGAAUGGGAGCAGGCACGCAUUGCCGAAAUGAAUGCACAAAAGCAAAGGGAGCAGGAACGCGUGCUCAAGCAGAAGGCACACAACACUCAACUGAAUGUGGAGCUCAGCACGCUGAACGAGAGGAUUAAGGAUCUGUCGCAAAAGAUUUGCGAUACACGCGCCGGGGUGACCAAUGUCAAGUCCGUGAUCGAUGGCAUGCGCACCCAGCGCGACACUUCGAUGAGCGAAAUGGCCCAGCUGAAGGUGCGCAUUAAGGAGCAGAACGCCAAGCUGCUGCAGCUAACACAGGAGCGCGCCAAGUGGGAUGCCAAGAGCAAGUCGAGCGGCGGCAUUGCCGGCGACACGACACAGCAGGAGCAGCUAAACGCCGCCUUCGCGCACAAGCAGCUACUGAUCAAGCAGAUCAAGGACAAGGUGGUUAACAUUGAAAAGGAAAUCGAAUCCAAGAAGGAGGAUCUCAAUUCGAACGAUGUGACCAUGCAGGAGCUCAAGGCCGAGCUCGCUGCGCUGAUUACCAAAUGCGAGAAUCUGUACAAGGAGUACGACGUAGAGCGCACCGCGGUGCUGGAAUUGAAAUAUAAUCGCAAGAACGAAGCAGCCACAAUCAGCGCCACCUCCGCCUGGGAUACGGGCAGCGCCUGGGGCGGCUCUGCGGCCAGCGGCGUGCCCGCAGCCGCAGCUGUUGAUGCCUAUGCCGGCUAUGGCCUAAGCAUUGACACAGUUGCUGCUGCCGAUGCUGUUGUCGAUCUCAGUGGACCGGCGCCGGAAGGUUUCGUUAAAUAUCGCGCCGUUUACGAGUUCAAUGCCCGGAACGCUGAGGAGAUUACGUUUGUGCCAGGCGAUAUAAUACUGGUGCCAUUGGAACAGAACGCCGAACCCGGCUGGUUGGCUGGUGAAAUAAACGGCCAUACCGGCUGGUUUCCCGAGUCCUACGUGGAGAAGCUGGAGGUGCAGUCAAUGGCAUUGGCAACAGCAGCGGCAGUGGCAGUGCCAGAUGUUGUCGAGCCCGCGACCCAAACCGACAGCUACUUGGACAAUAACGCCUUGGCGGCACAGCCAGAGCUGGCAACAGCGACUGUUGCUGCUGCUGCUGCAGGCGAUGUCGAAUACUAUAUAGCCGCAUAUCCUUAUGAAUCCGCUGAGGAGGGUGACCUGAGCUUUGGCGCCGGCGAAAUGGUCAUGGUCAUCAAGAAGGAGGGCGAAUGGUGGACGGGCACCAUUGGCAAUCGCACCGGCAUGUUCCCAUCGAACUAUGUGCAAAAAGCGGAUGUCGGCACAGCCACAGCUGCCAAUGCAGUUCCAACUGCUGUCGAGCCCGAGCCCGAGCCCGAGCCCAUCGAGCAGGAGGUCACACCGAAUGGCAUUAAUGCUGUUGCCGCUGCCGCUUAUGCUGCUCAGCCAGAGGCGCCAGAGUCGAUCCAACCGCAGGCACAGUCACAGCCACAGGCGGUUGAGCUGGAGGAGUCGCAUACAAUCGAAGAUCUUGACAUUGAAGUAUCGCAGAUAAACACACAAAACAAGACACAGAGCGAACCGGCCGAAAGCUACAGCCGGCCCAUGUCACGUACUUCUUCCAUGACACCCGGCAUGCGCGCCAAGCGUUCGGAGAUAGCACAAGUAAUUGCACCAUAUGAGGCCACCAGCACGGAGCAGUUGUCGCUGACGCGCGGCCAACUGAUCAUGAUACGCAAGAAGACCGACUCCGGCUGGUGGGAGGGUGAGCUGCAGGCCAAAGGCAGACGGCGUCAAAUCGGCUGGUUUCCCGCCACCUACGUCAAGGUGCUGCAGGGCGGACGCAACAGUGGACGCAAUACGCCCGUUUCCGGCAGUCGCAUUGAGAUGACCGAACAGAUUUUGGACAAGGUGAUUGCUCUCUAUCCGUACAAAGCACAAAACGACGAUGAGCUCUCGUUUGACAAGGACGACAUCAUCAGCGUACUGGGCCGCGAUGAGCCGGAAUGGUGGCGCGGCGAGCUGAACGGCCUCUCCGGUCUGUUUCCCAGCAACUAUGUGGGUCCAUUUGUCACGUCCGUGCCCCGACUUGAAAUCCAAGCAGCGCAGCAGCCCGCAAAAUCGAACCAGAUCGCGCGUCGUCCGCUGCAGCGACUCUGGCAGCACUGGCGCCAGCCAGCAGCCGCGCCCAGCGUUGCCAUACCGGACGAACGUUUGCGCGGCAAAGUGCAAUCAGUGCACAUAACAAAGCGCAGCAAUGGCCAAUUGAUGGGCUGUGCCUAUGUCACGUUCGAGUGCAAUGAGCUGAUGGCCAGGGCCAUGCUGCAGGAGGAUCAGGAUAAUCGUCUGCUGGGCCGUGACGUCAUCAUGGACUGGCAGCUGCCCAAGAAGCGCAGCAGCAUGCAAUGGCGCUGCUGGUGCUGACCUCUCUCGCCAUUUAUAAUAAUUA